GAGAGAGAGAGAGGAUAGGAAGGACCUAUGACCACCACGGAGAGGAGCCCACGCUGCUGUCACCACGCCGGUUCUAAUAAAUGGCCACGGCCAUUCCAAGGCCAGAUUACGGCAGAUUAAAGAGGAUACGGUGGCACGCGUAAACUUUUCGCGUGUUUCCGCGGAGCGGCUAGCUGCGCUUUGGCCGUUGCGGCGCGGACAAAUCAUGAUGCUGCAUCUUUGAUGGGACCCCGAGUGAAGGCUCUCUGCUAUCCUGCGAGGUUUUGCCCUUGUCCUACAAUGCCACAAUGCUUAUAAUUCAACUCGUGGUGUUGCUCAGCGUGUUGUUGUUGGGCGGCGCGCGGGGCUCGACGGGUUCGAGGGCGCAUCCGUGUGCCGGGAAGCAACCGUGUGACCCGCGACACCGGCGCGACGCCGGUGGACGCGGUGGCGUUUACGAGCACCUCGGAGGCGCACCGCGGCACAGGAAACUCUACUGCGCUACUAAAUAUCACCUACAGAUACAUCCGAACGGGAGAGUAGACGGAUCUCUGGAAGAGGACAAUCCCCUGAGUAUAUUAGAGAUCACAGCAGUGGAUGUUGGAGUGGUAGCCAUCAAGGGCCUUUUCUCUGGAAGAUAUUUAGCCAUGAAUGAGAAAGGUCGCCUAUAUGCUUCGGAAGUCUUUAACAAGGAGUGUGAAUUUCUGGAGCGCAUUCACGAGUUAGGCUACAAUACUUACGCUUCACGGCACCACUCCACCACUCAGCACCCAGGAUCCACUGGACGGGGCAACAAGCAUAGGGCUUUUGUCAAAAAGCAGUGGUAUGUGUCUAUUAACGGAAAAGGUCGGCCCAGGAGGGGCUUUAAGACGAAGAGCACGGACAAAGCUUCCCUCUUCCUGCCCCGUGUUUUGGGCAACAAGGACCAUGAGAUGGUCUCACGUCUACUGGAGAGCAGACAAGAUGAGACAAGCCAUCAAAGAUCCCGCAUGGGUCGUGCUGAACGAAGGAGUCGAAGGCACAAGGAGCCCAAACGCCAUGGCAGAAGGGGCAACAGGCGCAAAUCUGGCCACAAAAAAGAGACUUCAGAUGGACAGUUGGAAUAGACAAUUUCUAGCAGGACCUUUCAUGGCAAUAUGCUAUCAUUUUAAAUAUAUUUUUUUUCCUUAUAUUAAGAGAAGCAUUUUCUCCUUUAUAUUUUAUUUCUUAAAAAACUUGCAUUUGAUAUUUAAGGACAGUCCAAAUGUAUAUAUAUGACCAAAACUGAAUACUGCUGGAUGAUUUCAGAGAUGUGCAUUGUGACAUGUGUAAUGUAGAAAGAUGUAUAGUCACUUUCAAAUUUUUUUUUCCAUUCUUAAACAAAUAAUUUUUUAAAAGAUAAAAUUAGGGAAUCUGGAUAAAAGUGCAGAAGAUGUGUUAUAUUGUUGGACUUAAAGACUGUAUAGAUAAGGUGUCCAGAAAAGCACUUUUUAUCACAUUAACCUGUGUAGUAGGUGACAAAGGUACAUACAAAACAGAGGGGUUUUUAUAAAAUGUACAUGUGAUAGUCUACUGUCCUUAAACUGCAAUGAGAAGUACUAUGUAUAUUACUAAUGUUAUGCAUAUUUAUUUUGUCCAUGUGUUAAGUUAUUGAUGACAUAGUUUCUACCGCUCAAUAAUAGCCUAAUCAUUGUCAUAACCAUUAGAAGAACAUCAUGUUGUUUUGUGCUCAGAUGAGCAAAAGAGUGAACAUGGAUUCUCUGUGUUGACAUCCCAAAAUACUUUUCAUUUUUCUACGACUGAGAAGUUAAUAUAUCAUUGGUCACUUGUAAAGUCGUGAAUGAUUUUUCUAAUGAAUCGAACACUGUAAUAUGUGGCAGCGUAUAGUAAAGAUAUGCUGUUCAACACUGAAAGCUAGACAUGUGGGAGGAAUGUCACCAAUAAAUUAUAUGGAAAUAUAGAUACAUAAACAUGAUGCAUUUAAGGUUUUUAAUUAAAAGAAAAAGAAAAUUUCUAUUCCUUGCAAAGAAAAUGCAAUUUGUGCAGCUAGAACUAAUCAGAAACAUUACAUUUUUGGCAACAAUCGUUUCAACUAGUGACAUAAGUUCUGUUUAUUCAUCUUAAACUGAAUGUUUACUAAUGUAUUCCUGAACGAUCCAAUAGAUUUUGAUUCUAUAAAACAAUUAAACUUUCAUACAACAUAUAAUUGAUUCUCAACAAUACUUAUCCUAAUGAAUAACACAUUUAUUUUUUGGGGAAGCAGUUUAUUCUUGCUCAGUUUACCUGUAAAAGUGAUCACAUGGGUACAGACACAUUAAACAAGCCCUUUAAAAGGGAU